UAUUUUAUUUGGUGUACGCAUUUAUUUAACUUUUCGAACACAAAAUGUGCACAAAAUUCUCGUCGGACUCGAAUGACUGAGUCGUUCACAGUAAAUCCUACGAAAACAAAUUCAAAGCAAGCAAGAACUUUGAUUAAUUAAAAAUACCACAAGCACUGCAAAUUUGCUGAGAAAGCGUCCGAGGCGGCGCAAAAUUCCAACAACCCAAGAAGAGCAACAAAAUAAAAAACAACAACAAAAGCUACAACUACAACAAUUACAACAGCGCGAGCUGCGCAGCUGGCGCGAGAGUUUUGCAGUUGGAUUGGAUUGGUCAGCUUCAUUAAAAAUAAAACAAAAAUCAAAUAAUACAAUCAGCAGCAAAAACGGGAAAAAGCAAACUACAAAAUUGUGCAGCAAAUCAUCGAAAUGGAAUUGAGCAUCGGAAAUCUCAAGCAUAGAGCCAGCAGCAACAGCAACUCGGAUAACUGUAGCAACGAAUUUGAAUCAACAUCAUUUUGUUGUCAGCAACAGUUAACCAAUGAGAAUCGUAACAACGAGCAAAUCCAACUAGACAGCGGCAAAACAACAGCCACAACUAAAUUAACAACAACAACAACAGCUAGAGAGAAUAACGCCGUAGCCGAAGGAGCUACAGCAACAACAAAUACAACAACAACUAGUGCUGCUAAGAUAGCCGUCCAAACAGAAACUGUCAAUGCUUGCAAUUGCAACUGCAAUAGCAACAAGCGCAGCAACAACAGCGACGUCAACACCAACAACAUCAAUAGCAAUUGCUAUUAGAUCGAACAAUUUCAACUAAAAAACGUAACUAAACAAUAGUCAAAAUAGGUAAUCAACAGCAACAUCACCGAAAACCGGCCAGCACUAACCAACCACCAGCAAGUCAACGAAAUAACCAGAAAGUCAACAAU